AUGGCCGAAGUCGCUACCCCAUCUGCCGCGGCCAUGGCUACCGGCGAGCAGAAGUCCGACAAGAAGCAGCAGGUCGUCAAGCCCGAGAAGCCCGACGAGGAAAAGUUCAGGGCCGAGCUGGCCAAGCUGAAGAAGGAACAGCAGGCUGCGAGCGAGAAGCUGGAGGCUGCCAAGGCCAAGGUUGAAACCGCCUUCAACAACAAGGACUCGCCCGCCGGAAAGAGGGCCGCUGAGCUCAGGACCGAGCUGGGUGAGAUCCGCAAGAAGCAGCAGGCCGGCAAGGGCUCGCGCGCCCAGACCCUCGAGCAGAUCAAGAAGCUCGACGAGCAGCUCAAGUCUCGCAUCGCCGAGCAGAAGACCGCCCGCGGUCGCGUCAACUUCAAGAGCGUCGAGGAUGUUGAUCGCGAGAUCAAGCGUCUGGAGGACCAGGUCAACUCGGGCACCAUGAAGAUCGUGGACGAGAAGAAGGCUCUUGCCGAUGUCAGCUCGCUGCACAAGCAGAAGAAGAGCUUCGCCGGCUUCGAGCAGGGACAAAAGGGCAUUGACGACACCAAGGCCAAGAUCGCCGACCUCCGCAAGACCAUGGACGAUCCCGAGUCCAAGGCGCUGAGCGACCGCUACACUGAGAUCACCAAGGAGCUUGACGCCAUCCGGGCCGAGCAGGAUGCUGCCAGCAAGAACCUCACUCAGCUGAAGGAUCAGCGCGAGAAGGCGCGCUCCGAGUACGCCGCGAAGAAGCAGGCCGUCACGGAGCUGUCGGACAACUUCUACCAGGCCAAGCGUGACCACCGCGCUUACGAGCAGGAGGCCUACAAGGUCCGCCAGGCGAAGAAGGAGGCUGAGAGGAAGGCGUACGAGUCGGCCAAGCGCCGCCAGAUUGCCGACCAGAGGCUCGAGGAGGCCAGCGCGCCCGCUUACACUGACGAGAUUCUCACUGCUGAGGGCCUGAUCCGCUACUUCGACCCCAGCGCCCUGCCCGCCAAGGAGACUGCCGACACCAACAAGUUCGCCGCCACUGCCACCAGGACCGUCGACGACUCCGGCCUCAAGGGCAUGAAGGUUGUCAAGAAGGACGAUGACGACUACUUCAUCGGCACCGGUGGUAAGAAGGGCAAGAAGGGCCGGAAGAACAAGGAGGCCUCGCCCGCCGCUACGCCCGCCGAGGGCAAGUUCAACCUGAGCAUCGGCAUCAUCGAGCAGCUGUCCAAGCUCAACGUCGAGGCGCCCGCCAGCCAGGCCGACGUCCCUGCCGUUGUCAAGAAGCUCCAGGAGAAGUCCGAGACCUGGAAGAAGGACCAGGACAAGAAGACCCAGGAGAACAUCGAGAAGGCCAAGAAGGAGAUCGAGAAGCUCGAGGCCGAGGGUGAGGCCGCUACCAACGGCAACGGCGGCGCCAAGGACUUGGGCAACAAACCCUCGGCCAAGAACCAGCAGGUCAACGGCAACGCGGAUGCGGGCGCCGAGUUGGCGCAGGAGAAGGACGGUGCGGCCGACGCGGCUGCCGAGCUCAAGGAGGAGGAGAAGGAGCAGUCUGCCGAGGCUUAG